AUCCGAAUUUCAGCCCCCGCCCUGGUCGAGAACUGAGCUCGGUUCAUUACAGAAAAUCUCCCAAACAUGAACAACGGCGAGUGUCUCCAAUAAUAUCUCGGCGAUGAAACCCUAGUCAAAAAGCGAAAUUCCUCCACGCCUUGCUUAGAUCCCCCAUCUGUUGUGAGGCUUCAUUCAUCCCAAUUUCCUUUUCUUUUCAAUUGUUUCUAAUCAUUCGAGAGUCGUAAUUUUUUUCUUUCCCUUCUGCCCUUAAUUUUCUAGGGUUUUCCUCCAUUUCCAUUUUCUGUUAUUCUUGAAGAUUUGGGAGGCAAUUCAAAAUGGACGGGAACAAAGAUGACGCUUUAAAGUGCUUGAGAAUCGGGAAAGAAGCGUUGGAGGGUGGGGAUCGAACACGAGCCCUCAAAUUCGUCACCAAAGCCCGCCGUCUCGAUCCCUCGCUACCCGUGGACGAUCUCCUAUCGGCGAUAGAGAAAGACUCCAAUGGAACCGCCGAUCGACCUGCCCAAGACUCUGAUGGCCCCGUUAAAGGCCCAUCCGAACCGCCGCCACCUCCAUCGAGGUCGUCCGAUCACCCCUCUCUCCGCCAUCGGGUUCCAUCGGCAGGGCCGUCUUCGUCUUCAGCAUCUUCAUCAGCCUCGUUCACGGAAGAGCAAAUUGCGAUGGUGAGACAGAUCAAGAAGAAGAAGGACUACUACGAUAUUCUGGGACUUGAGAGGACUAGUACAGUUGAAGAUGUUCGAAAGUCCUACAGGAAACUCUCUUUGAAGGUCCACCCAGAUAAGAACAAGGCCCCUGGUGCCGAGGAAGCCUUUAAGGCCGUGUCGAAGGCGUUUCAGUGUCUGAGCAACGAGGAAAGUAGGCGCAAGUAUGAUAUUUCCGGGUCGGACGAGCCGGUUUACGAGCGGCGGGCGGCUCGGCGUGGCGCUGCGCAAGGGUACAAUGGGUUUUACGAUGCCGAGUUUGAUGCGGAGGAAAUCUUUAGGAACUUCUUCUAUGGAGGAAUGGCUCCGGCGACAACUCAGUUUCGCGGAUUUAGCUUUGGGCCAGGAAUGAGGCCUACCGGGGCUGAUACCGGGUCUGCUGGUGGGUUCAAUGUUAGGAUGCUAAUUCAGUUGCUGCCGGUGCUGCUUAUUCUGUUUGUCAGCUUUUUCCCAUCGUCGGAGCCCAUCUACGCCCUAUCUCGUUCGUAUCCAUACGAGUACAGGUUUACUACGCAAAAGGGUGUCAAUUAUUAUGUUAAGUCGACAAAGUUUGAUCAGGAUUACCCAUUGGGUACUGCGGAACGUGCGGCCCUUGAAGGGAGGGUUGAGAGGGACUAUUUUUCUAUACUGUCGCAGAAUUGUCGGCUUGAGAUGCAGCGUCGCCAGUGGGGAUUUAUCCGUGAGACACCUCAUUGUGACAUGCUGCAGCGGUUUGAGUCUGUGGCUUGAUUAAUUGUAGCAAAGAUUGGUACUGAUUUAGCAUUGCUUAUUUAAGGAAUGCAUGGAGACUAGAUUCUGCAGAAGGGAUGAAGGGUUAUAGUUGUGGCAUUCCACUUGCACGUUUAAGCUCGUAUAUAUAAUACCACGGAAUUAUGGUUUCAUUUCACAAUCACAAUUUUGUAAACUUUGUCUUCAACCUUUAAAUGCUUGCUGCAGUAUUCAAGAAUGGAUGCUACUUUGAAACAUGACCCGCUUUGAAGGUUAUACACUAUGCUGAAUAUCAUAUUCUUUAUAGUAUAUUAUUAUGUCUAGAAU